AUUCCAAUUAAAAAGAGGAAGUCACGUGGCAGCCAUACGUCAAUUUCGCCGCUAAAGCUAAAAGCGCGUCUUUUUUGAGAGAGAGGCCAAUGGAGAAGGUGUCAGCGUUUUGUGUGGUUCCUUCCUUGACAGCUGACGGGUUACAGGAACUUUAAAUCAGAGUGAAAUAAACAGCCUCACCGUUCCAGGAUCCCUCCAGUUAGUUGAGAAACUUCAGCAGCACGUCGGUCCAGCUGACGCCGGUCCUCUCUCGGCUCCUUUCCUCAUGGCGGUCAACACUGACGCUGAAGACUGGGGCGACGUCAGCGGCAGCAGCGACUCCGGAGAACGAGUGUGGCUCCUGCAGAGCCCCAGCGUGGAUUCUGCCCGGCAACCCGAGGCAGAAGAGGGGAGCCGGGGCGUGUCGGCUCUGGGUGCCGUCUUCAUCGUGGUGAAUGCCGCGCUGGGUGCCGGACUGCUCAACUUCCCUGCAGCCUUCAGCAUGGCUGGAGGAGUGACAGCAGGAGUGAUGCUGCAGAUGUUCAUGCUCAUCUUCAUCAUCAGUGGGCUGGUGAUCCUUGGCUACUGCUCUCAGGUCAGCAAUGAAGGCACCUAUCAGGAAGUUGUUCGAGCCACUUGUGGGAAAGUCACAGGAAUCCUCUGUGAGCUGGCCAUCGCCAUCUACACGUUUGGGACAUGCAUCGCUUUCUUCAUCGUCAUCGGCGACCAGCUGGAUCGAUUGGUCGCUGCGGUUGCUCAUGAAACGGAGGGGUCACCUGAGGGUCACUGGUACACAGACAGGAAGUUUACCAUCAUCGUCACUGCAGUCCUGGUAAUUCUGCCUCUGUCAAUCCCCAAAGAGAUCAGCUUCCAGAAAUACGCCAGUGCUCUGAGUGUGAUGGGAACCUGGUACGUAACCGUUGUGGUCAUUGUGAAGUACAUCUUUCCGGACAAAGACAUGAACCCAGACCACGCUCCAGCCACUUCUGCUUCCUGGACUGCUGUUUUCAAUGCAAUGCCCACCAUAUGCUUUGGUUUCCAGUGCCAUGUCAGCUGUGUGCCGGUGUUUAACAGCAUGAAGACGAAGGCGAUCAAACCGUGGGGGUUUGUAGUCACUUGCAGCAUGAUAAUCUGCCUUUUUGUCUACACGGGGACAGGCGUCUGCGGCUUCCUGACCUUUGGCUCCAGUGUGAAUCAGGACGUGUUGAUGUCUUACCCUCCUGAUGACAUCGCAGUGGCCAUCGCCAGAGCUUUCAUUGUCAUCUGUGUGGUGACUUCCUACCCCAUUUUACACUUCUGUGGCAGGGCGGUGAUAGAGGGCCUGUGGCUGCGUUUCCGAGGCGAGCAGGUGGAGGUGUGUGUUCGCCGGGAGCGGAGGAGGAGGAUCCUGCAGACACUGGUGUGGUUCGUCGUCACCCUCGUCCUCGCUCUCUUCAUCCCAGACAUCGGCCGCGUCAUCUCGCUGAUCGGAGGACUGGCGGCCUGCUUCAUCUUCGUGUUCCCAGGUUUGUGUUUGAUGCAGGCCAAACUUUCAGAGACGGACAUUCGAACCACAAGCUGGCAUUUAUUGGUGAGCCUUGGCGUUGCCAUGGUAACACUCGGAGCCUUCAUCUUUGGCCUCACCACGUCCAACUCCAUCUACCAGGAUGUUGUGAACUAAAAAGGACCCCGUCUGCUCUUUCCUCCGUAACAAGAACCGUGCUGCUGCUCUGGAGAGAAUUGGUCGGGGAACCACUAUGGACAGAUUUAGUUCUUUUUUUUUUUGUUCUUUUUUUUUUUUUUUCUAUUAUCUGUUUCCUAAAGGAAUCAAACAGAUUUUUUAUUUUUUUUAUUUUUUUUUCCCGCUGCCGCUCAACUCUGCAUGAAUGACGCCCGUCUGGUUUCCAAGGGCAGAGGGACUUUGGGUGGAGGGGUUUUAUAAUCACAUUGAUUUUUUUAUUAUUAAUGAAAUUGUACCAAUUUGUGAGUUUUACCCUGCAUGUCACCAUUAAUCACUGAAAAUGUGACGAUGUUUCCGUCCUACACUAUCAUCAAAUCCAGGUGCUGCAGUUGGAUAAAAGGUGAAGCAUUACUGUGGGGGUGAGACUAAUGCAGAUUUUAAACUGAGUAAAUCAUGUAUUUAUUUAGAUUUUGUUGUUGUUGUUUACUUUGGACGGCUUAAGGAAAAACUCUUAAGCUGACGUGGAACAAAUGCAGCUUCUGUCAUGAUUGCUUUGGUGUCCAGGAUCAGUUACACGGGUUGGUGUCACGUUCAACCAAAAGAAUGACUGGUUCAUUGUUUACUGAACAACUUAUUGACCCGGUGAAGAGGUCAUCUUAAUCAUUUGUGUUGAGCACAGGGUGUUCCUGGCCCCUGAGGAUUUGGGUUGGAAACCCCUUGAAGGAGCCAGUUUAAGAAGUUGACUUAAAAUGCAUCAGGAAAUUAUGUUUACUGGGGAAAAACAAGGGAAGAAAACCUCAAACGUUGGGAGCCAAUUGGUCCAGAUGUCUGUGCUUUAUAUCUGCAGCUCUUUUACAUUUAAAGGAAGUUGUAGUAAAUGUUUGGAAGACUCUAGUGUUUCAGCUCUGACGUUUUAUUUUUCUUUUCCUAUAAUGGUGUAAUUUGUAAAUGAGGGAAAGCACUUUAAAGAGAUUUUUUUUUUUUUAAAUGUGUGGUUUGCUGCAAUCUAAGCCAAAAAUGUUGUGCUGUAUUUAUUUAAACUCUCAUUCCAAAUGUUUCCAUCUUUUUUCAUAUAUUUUGAGUUUUGUGCCUAAGCAUUUGGGAUUUUUCUUUUUUUGUAUUGAUAUUUUCUCCAAUGGACUUUUUGUUGCUUCAUCUGAUUUACUACAGGAAAAAUCAACACUAAUCAAAUACUGAUUUGUCAGACUUGUUUUUAUUUAGAAUUACUUGAAAGCAAUGAAUUUAAAGGCAUGUGGACAAAUGUGAUGUUUAAUAAAAAAUACAUUAAAAAGUACAAAAUUACUGUUGAGACAUUUUAAUCAAAGUUAUGUAGAAAUGGACUGGUCUCUUUUCUUUAGCAUUCCCCAUUUAAAGAGUAAUUUAACUUGAUGGGUUAUACUUUAUUAUUAGAAGCACCAAUUUCACACUAUUUAUAGUAAUAUCAGAGUGAAACUUUAGCCAAUUAAAUCAUUCCAAAUAGUCCUUUUAAAUAUCAAAAAAUCACAUUCAACAAUGCAGCUGUACUUCAAUAAAUAAGUUAUUCCAGUUAAAGUGACAUUUAAAAUGUAUAGAUUCCUUAAACACACAUGGCCUGAAUUUUUUUUGUU